AUAACUUCCGCUCUCCCCUGUCUCUCCAAAAAUGGCGGACACGUGUGGCCAAGUAUUGCUGGGAUCAGGGCUAACCGUCCUCUCCCACCCGCUGAUGUAUAUUAAAGUCCUUAUCCAGGUAGGACAUGAACCGCUCCCUCCCACCCUGGGCAGGAACUUGUUUGGCAGGCAAGUCUACCAGCUACCUGGACUGUUUGCUUAUGCAAAACACAUCAUUAAGAUUGACGGAAAAGCGGGUCUCUUCAAAGGGCUUGGUCCAAGGCUCUGUGCUGGCACAAUUGGCACAGUUGUGCACAGCAAAGUUGUCCAGACAUGUCAGGAACAAGGCACACCUCAGGUACUGGGUGGCCAGCAGAAGGCUGUGGAGGGCUCCCUACAGCAUGUUGUUAAUGAGACAACCAAAGAGAUGAUUGCUCGUUCCUGUGCCACCAUCGUCACGCAUCCCUUUCAUGUGAUUACUUUGCGAUGUAUGGUCCAGUUUAUUGGGAGAGAAACGAAAUACAGUGGGGUGUUCGAUUCCAUCGUCACGGUCUACAGAGAAGAAGGCAUCCUUGGCUUCUUUGCUGGUUUGAUUCCUCGCCUGCUGGGUGACGUCCUGUCCCUGUGGAUUUGUAACCUGCUGGCUCACCUCAUCAAUACAUACGCCAUUGAUGACUCGAUGAGUCACACAGGAGAAAUCAAGAACUGCUCUCAGGCUGUGACGGGGUUCUUUGCCAGUAUGCUCACAUACCCCUUUGUUUUGGUGUCAAACCUCAUGGCUGUCAAUAACUGCGGGCUCGCUGGAGGCCUGCCUCCCUAUGCAUCAGUAUAUCCCACCUGGGUGGACUGCUGGAGGCAUCUAAGCAGAGAGGGCAACAUGAGCAGAGGCAACAGUUUAUUUUUCCGGAAGCUUCCAGCAGGAAAGAUGUACGCAAUUGACCAGAAAAGAUUUUUUUAAAGCCUCAAGAGAACUGAGCUGAACAUAGUUGUGAUAAUAAAACAAAAGAAAUCAACAUUGCCUGAUCUGGAAGUGGACAGUCGGUACCUAAUCUUUUUUUGUAUGUACUUGUUUACGAUGAGUUUUAUUUCUUAACAGCCCGCCAUCUUGUGGACUAAAAACACUAGUUUCCAGUUAAUUACAGAAGGUUUUGUUUAAUGAACAGAAAUUGACAGAGUUAAACUUCAGGGCUGUAAGACAUUGAGAUGGAGCAGGGAGGCAAUUCCUUUUAAAACCCACACAUAGAAAAACUGAAGGGAGAAAACCUGUCAGCAUAAUGUUGUGACCGAUGUGGAAGCGCCCCCUUCAGACAUGUUUUUUAUAUAGAUUGAUUAAAAUAAAUUUUCUUCAUCACCAUGAUGGUAAGUGUUUGUUGAAAACAACACUUCAGUCUGCAUGUGGUAAUGUCAACGAAUUCACAUGUCAAUGAUCAAGUGGGACCUCUUAUGUGGUAUUGUCUUGAUGUGUUAGUUAUUGUAAAGCUCACUGCUGGGCGGGUGUUUAAUGCUAAUUUAAAGGCGGGGAAAGUGAUGGUGAUUGUCUGGGAGCAUGUGUGGAUGUGCAGAGGCAUGAAGCGGAGCCUAAGCUCACUAAACUCUGGCACUCUGAACAGUAAAAUGCUUGUAUCAACUCAUUCUGAUUGACCCAAAUAAAAACAGACCUUUUUGACCUUGU